AUGGGAGUGGUGUGGUUCCCCAAGAAGACCUCCGAGCACCUGUACUGGGCUCCUUACCAGGUAGAUAGUCCAGACUGGCCCAUUCCUGCUGCUGAGCACCCUCAUCGGCCCCCUAACUGCCCACUACUUGCCAUGCCUGAGGAGACUCAAGAAGACACCAUGGCACCCAUGAUGCUGAGCCAGAGGAGCAGGGAGCCACUGGCCCCCAAUCAUGUGCAGGAGGUGUGCCUGCACCAAGUGGAGUCCAUCAGUGACCUACACAGUGGAGGCACACUGCGCCUGUAUCAGGCUGAAGAUGGGAGGCCGUGGGAUGAAGUGCUGGGUGUUCUGCCACCUUCACUGGCUGGUUGCAGCCCUGUGUUUGGACGCGGGGGGUUCCUGCUGCUGCUGGGUCUGCUUGUGCUCACCUGCCUGGCCCUGGCCCUCCUGGCUGUCUAUCUGAGUGUGCUGCAGAGCGAAUCUCUGCGCAUCCUGGCACACACAUUGCGCACACAGGAGGAGAUGCUACUCAAGCUCCGCCUGGCCAGCCUCAGCCAGCUGCGAAGGCUUAACUCCAGUGAAGCCCAAGCACCCAGCUGA